AUGACAGCAGUUGAGGAAGGUUGUAUUGUACAUGAUCGAAAAUAUCUUUCAAAAUUUCAUGGAGCAAUUAAUCAACUUCGUCGAACAAAUCAAUUUAACGGUUUCACUCUAAAACGAUUACCAAAACGAUGCUGUUCGUGUCAAGUAAAAACUGGAGAAUCUUCAUUUAACAUCGAUCAUUUACGAAAACUUUGCCAAGAAAUUGAGGCGUCACAAAAAGAACCACAGAUGAUACCGAAACUUGUAAAACCUAUCAAUUACGUAAUACUUGAAUUUCCUUCGACCUUCGACCUUAUUCAACGUACUUAUAAAAUUCGUCGCUUUGUUGGACGACAUGGUGCAAAUCUGAAGCUUCUUGAACGUAAAUUAAAUAUUCGUAUUAACAUAAUCAAUCACAAAACCCGAAAAGGUUUACGUACAAUAGUCAAUCAAGUUCAAGUACAAAAUGAACACAAUCAUAUAGAUGGUCUCUGGGUAGUGAUUACCAUUGAGAAUAACAAUGGUAAUCCAAAUAAUAUGGAAAAUGUUAAACAGACAUUGCAAGACGAAUGGAAAAAAGUCGAUAGUACUAUAAAGAAUCGACCGGCAAAAAUUAUAUCUUCUGGAUUGGCAAUACUACCAUCAGCAGAUAUAUCGGGAGUUGCUCGUUGGAAACCUAAGAGACAAAAAGAUAAAAAUAAAAGAAUACAAAAAGAAACUAAGAAACAAGAAGAAAUUCCACCACAACCAAUUGUUCGACCUAUAUCAAUGCCUAAAGAAAUUUCAAGAUCUCGAAAAUCAAAACGGUCAUAA